ACACGCAUUAUUAAUCCUUUUCUCGUCUCUUGCUCCACUUUCUCGUCUCUUCGCUCGUGUUUGAAAUCACCGCAUAAACCCUAGCUUUUUGGAUUCGAUUCGAAGUCAUGGAUCCACAGCCCGAACCAGUUACUUACGUCUGCGGAGAUUGUGGACAAGAGAACACUUUGAAGUCUGGGGAUGUGAUCCAAUGCCGAGAAUGUGGGUACCGUAUUCUAUACAAGAAGCGCACCCGUAGAGUUGUUCAAUACGAAGCUCGCUAGAACGACAAACCCCUGAAGAUGUUUGGAACUCUGGUUUCCUGCUGUUGUUUGUAACAUAUAAUGACUAGAAAAUCUGUCUCUGGUUUUGCUUAGUGGCUUGUUUUGGUUACAAUGAUUGUGACACUGAAAUUUCUUUGCCUUUUUGGUAAAUGAAGAAAGCAUGUAUGCUAACGAAUUCACAUUGGUGGAAGCCA